GGAAAGCUGCUAGAAAGUUACAGGCAAUGUCCUGUCCCGCCGCCUUUUGUUUUCUUCAGGAAUUAAUAAUAAUGUGGCCAACUCUCUGUUCUUUAAGGGUUGUGACCCUCUUGAUGCCGUUUUCUUCGGCGCAAUUGACUGGGUCGCGGGGACAGGGUGAUGGAUGCGGUCACAUGCUGUUAGGUCCAGGCAGUGGAACGUUGACAUCAAGGAAUUAUCCUGGAACCUACCCAAACCAUAGCUGGUGUGAAUGGCAAAUCCAAGUGCCUGAAGGAAAGAAAAUUUUCCUGAAAUUUGGAGACUUAGAUUUGCAGCAGUGCAUCUCCGAUUACCUCAAAAUCUUCAAAGGAACGUCUUCAUCAAUGACUGAAUAUGGUACUUUUUGUGGAAACUUAAACUCGAUCUCCAGAGAAAUCCAUAUAGACAGCAAUGAAAUGAGCAUUCAAUUUAAAAGUGGCUCCCACAUAUCAGGACGUGGCUUCUUGCUGUCAUACACCACUAGCAGCCAUCCAGAUUUAAUUACAUGUUUGGAUAAAGGAAACCACUAUGAUGAACCACAGUUCAGUAAGAAUUGUCCUGCUGGUUGCAAAGCUGUGAUAGGAGAAGUUUCUGGUGAUUUUUCUCAAGGAUAUAGGCAUACAUCUGCCCUUUGUAAGGCUGCCAUUCAUGCUGGUGUAAUACUGGAUGAACUAGGUGGCAUGAUAGAUAUUGUUCAGCAUAAAGGUCUGAGUCGAUAUGAAGGCAUCCUGGCAAAUGGUGUUUUGUCAAAAGAUGGAUCCCUGUCAGAUAAGCGGAUUGUGUUUGGCACUAAUGGUUGUAACCGACCAUUGGGAAUGGAAUUGGGACACAUUGCAGAACAUCAGAUCAAUGCCACGUCAUUCUGGCAAUGGACAGAUGAAAACGGUCAAGUUACCAGUUGGUCUCCAGGCAAAGCACGACUUAAUGUUCCAGGGCCUGGAUGGGCUGCUGCUGAAGACAGUAGCCAACAAUGGCUUGAAAUAGAUUUGGGAGAGAGGAAAUUCCUCACAGGAAUCAUAACCACAGGUUCCACACUUCCACGUUUUCUCUUUUACGUAGAGACUUAUAAGGUGUCCUUCAGCGAAGAUGGUCAAAAAUGGAAGGUUUACAAAGAAAGCAACAACAAUUUUGAACGGAUAUUUGAGGGCAAUACUGAUUACUGUCAACUGACCCGCAAUAAUUUCAUCCCUGCCAUCUUUGCACGUUACAUUCGUGUCAUUCCACAAAGCUGGACUCAGAGAAUAGCCAUGAAAGUGGAGUUAAUAGGAUGCCAGCAAGUACAAUCAAUUACAGGUGUUAAACAAAAAUCUAUUCAUCAUAUUGAUAUACUGGAAAAAGAAAAUGUGAACAAUACAGACCCUAUAAUUACAAAGGAUGUAACUUGUGGAAUAAGACUCGUGGCUAUUCUGGUUCCGAUUGUACUUUUUGUAGUCCUACUGAUAUUGGGAAUUUAUAUUUUCAAGAGUUUAAGAAACAAGAAAACAGAAGAUUCUACUGGCACUUACAGUCAAAAAACAGUUUGCUGGAAACAAUUCACACAGCCUUUCAAAAGACACCAAUCAACUGAGUUUACUAUUAGUUACAGCCAUGAAAAGGAGGCCUUGCAAAAACUUGAUGUUGUCAGGAGCGAUUCAUCAGAUUACCUGCCAUCUCCAAUGGUUAGAACAGUAAGAGUGGCAAGAAAAGGCUCUACCUUUAAACCAAUAGACACAGAAGUUGAUGAUGGAACUGGUCAAAUGGAUACUCUAAGUCAUUAUGUCAUCCCACUUAUUGAAAACCAACAUGAAUAUGCAGAACCUUUAACUAAUCAGGAACCAGUAUACGCAACCCCAAUUGUUGAAAAGGUGCAGCACCUCAGUUAUUCUACAAGAAAGAAUUUAUGUGCAAAAGAAACUCCCUAUAAAGUACCAGUGACCUCUUUAACAAAAACACCUUUGUUUUCUCAAGUGACUAGUUCUGACAUUGAACACAAUAUUUCUAAUGGUAAUGGAUUACACCCAAGUAGUGUAUUUUAUCAAAUACCACAAGGUAUUACUGACAGUUCAAAGAAUGGCAAGGCAGAAUAUGAUCAGCCAGCAAGUAACAGCACCUUGAUUGUUGGCAGAUUUUGUGGUAAUUGAGUUUUUUUGCCAUCGUCAAUGAAAAGAAUCUGGUAUCCAAAAAAAAAUCUCUAAAGCUGUGAACAGAUAAUUCAAGAUUUUACUCAUCAUCAUAGAAUAAGAAUAAACUGCAGGAGUAACACCAAAGUGGAGUAUUUGGGUAAGCUGUGAUAGUUGCAUGCCACACCUGACAGUUUCACCGAGCUAUUGCUAGACUGAAAUUUUAAUUCUGGCAUUAUGUAAACUUAACAAACUUAAAUUGGUAAACGGGCAAAGUUUCGAAAAAAAUGUGCGCAAUUUUGUACACUUUUCUAUGUUCCCUACCUUAAUUGGUAUAAAAUAUGCUGCUUAAAACACAAGUGCAAUUUGAUACGUGAGAUGCUCUUAAUGUGAUUGGCUACACGCUUUUGCUUAUUCAUAGUAGUAGAUUAUCAUCUGUGGAUGUUUUCAAUUUAUAUUGAUGUUUUACAAGAAUUUUAACUUCUGAGGAAUAGAAAUAGUUAGGAAUUUUUAACUAUUCUUGCCUGUUAAAUGGUGAAAUAUUAUGAGAAACCUUUUGCUGUUGCAUAAAAGAUUUUUUUUUCAAUCAUUGUUGGUAACUGGAAAGAAGGGUUUUUGAAGUUUGCUUUAUUCUUGUAAUGUGUGCGCUAAUGUAGUUCAUAGUCACAAUUUGUUGCUGGCUCAUUAGAUGAUCUACGGAAGUUAGCAGUUUGUAAACAUCCAGAAGAUAUUCAGUUUAUUAUUCUCUUGGCUGUAAAUUAUUUAUUUAAUAGCCAAUAGUUAAUACCAACCACUGUAUAUAGUACUCUUACUGCAUUGUUUACAUUUGACAGAUUUAACUUCCUCAAAAUAACUGCUGUUUUCAAAAGAACUGGCAAAUGAGAAAUUUAGUUUUGCUUCAAGUUCAACACUAAGUCUUUCAUUGCUGAAUUCAAACUCUAAAUGGUUAUUCACUAUUGUGAUGUUAUUCUGUAACAGUGCUAGAGGCACUGAAAAAUAUGUUUAUAACUAUGUUAUUAAACUAUGUAAUUUCUUCAAAAA